ACUCUUUGUACUUGUGGUCAGGUGGUUGUUAUAUGCGCCGUUGUAUGAAAUUUCUCCUUCAGAGAGUCUGCACUCGGUCGUUCUGCACCAUGGCUCAGAGCGUCAAGUCGUUUUACGACCUCAGCGCCGUCACCCUGGACGGGGAGAAGCUGGACUUCAAUGUCUUCAGGGGCAAAGUAGUCCUGAUCGAGAACGUGGCCUCUCUCUGAGGCACGACCACAAGGGAUUUCACCCAACUCAACGAGCUUCAGAACCGCUACCCGAACCGUUUCGUUGUGCUGGGCUUCCCUUGUAACCAAUUCGGGCACCAGGAAAAUUGUCAUAAUGAGGAGAUACUCAAUUCUCUGAAGUAUGUCCGUCCUGGUGGUGGUUUUGAGCCCAAUUUCACCAUGUUCCAGAAGAUUGAAGUCAAUGGUGCUGGCACACACCCUGUCUUUGCAUUUCUGAAGGAGAAGUUGCCCCUUCCUUCGGAUGAUGCUACGUCCUUAAUGAAAGAUCCCAAAUUCAUCAUCUGGAGCCCAGUCUGCCGAUCAGAUGUCUCUUGGAAUUUUGAAAAAUUUCUCAUUGGCUCUGAAGGAGAGCCUUUCAAACGCUACAGCAGAAUGUUCCAGACCAUCCAGAUUGAACCUGACAUCAAAAGGCUUUUGAAAAUUGCAAAGUAAAGAAUCCAAGUUUAGUGGAAUAAGCAAGGAGGCAUGGUUAUAUUUCUUUACACAUUAUCUUCACUAAUGGGAAAACUGCAAAAACCUCUUGGUUGACUCCUAUCAAUUUGGACUCUAAAUACAGAUUUUUUUUUUGCAUUCCACAAAAUUUUAAAAGAUAUUCUAAGAUCUUUAGGCCAAAACAUUCUAGUUUUUCCCCCCAAUAUUUGGCAUUUUAAUUUUUUUAAUCCAUUAGUUAGUACAAAUAUUUUUCAAAAUGUUUACUCUUUCUUCCAACAUUGUCAAUCUCACUGUCUAGGCAGCUGGAAAAUCAAUCUGAUUAGUACUUGCCCUGAAGUGAAGCUAAUCUCAGAUUUAGCUGUGAGUUGAUGGGAUCCCCUGAAUGUAUUCUGUUUACUGAAAAUCUCACCUAUAAAGGCAAACAAGGCAGUUUUAGUGGAUUGAGUAAUAACAGUAACGUAAAACAUGAUACCACUUUAAUAUCCCAGUGUUUCCAAUGAUUCUGUCAGCUGUUAAACUUCAAAAUUGUUCUUGCAAUAAGUCCCAAGAAGUGCCGAGGAUUUGCUUUUGUCUGAAUUUGUGGAUCUUAGAAAUAGGUCUGCUUCCUUUAGAAGUUUUUUUAAAAACAGUCCUUCUGUUCUUCAGAACUUUACUAAAUGAAGGCAUCCUCCUAAAUUCAAUAAGGAAGCUGCCAGAAAAACAAGGAAAGUUGCUGAAUUUUCAGGAUGUUUACUGUUUAGAAAUUUCUUGGGAGUACAGAUUUUUGUGAACGAGAAAUGAACAAUAAAAGAAUCUGCUGUUGAAGAUAAAA